GCGGCGGGCGGGGGACGGAGGCAGCGCCAUGGGCGCGGAGCAGAGCGCCGAGGCCGAGAGCCGCCCGGGCGAGCCCAGCGCCGCAGCAUCUCCGUUGCCAGCCAAGCAACGAGCAAAAAUGGACGACAUUGUGGUCGUAGCCCCAGGAACACAAUCCUCACGGAAUGUCAGCAAUGAUCCAGAUGUCAUAAAACUGCAGGAAAUCCCAACUUUCCAGCCCCUCUUGAAAGGACUCCUCAGUGGGCAGACAUCUCCAACCAACACCAAGCUGGAGAAGCUGGACCCGCAGCAGGUGCUGCAGCUGUGCCUGCGCUACCAGGAGCAUCUCCACCAGUGCGCCGAGGCCGUGGCCUUCGACCAGAACGCGCUGGUGAAACGCAUCAAGGAGAUGGACCUGUCCGUGGAGACUCUGUACAGCCUCAUGCAGGAGCGCCAGAAGAAGUACGCCAAGUACGCGGAGCAGAUCCAGAAGGUCAACGAGAUGUCGGCCAUCCUGCGGCGCAUCCAGAUGGGCAUCGACCAGACGGUGCCGCUGAUGGAGCGGCUCAACAGCCUCCUGCCGGAGGGGGAGCGCCUGGAGCCCUUCUCCAUGAAAGCCGAGCGGGAGCUGCGCUCGUAGCGCUGCGGCAGCGCCCCCUCCUCACCGUCCUCGCUCCGUGGAGGCGCUCCCAGCCGGUGCACCGGGAGCGGGCAGCGCUGCUGGGGCUCUGUGCCGGGCAGCGCAGGGAGAGCGGCGGCGCUGCCCGAGCCGCACAGCCAGGAAUGCAGGAGCUCCAGGAGGAGAGGAUUUACUGCUCUCAGCUCCCUCCUCUUGCCCUCCUGUCUCCUCUGCCACUACGCCGCCUGUGCAGACACAUUUGUUUCAUUGCUGUGACUAGUUGAGGUUUACAGAGGAGGAAUUUCCUUUUAUCUGAUUUAAUUUUUUUACUAAAAAAAUUCAAAGGGAUAUAGGGUGUGAUGAACCCUCUAACAUGUUUUUUGUGCCAUUGGGGUUUAGACAAUUAGAUGGCUGGAAGAUCCACUGGCCUUGGAAAUGUGUGUGUUUUAUAGGUGAAAGUGUGGGAGCCAGGAACUGGCUUACUAAAAUCUGGCCAUUAUCAUAAUUAAUGUGGUUUGCACUGCAGGGUUUUGGCAUGUCCUUGAGGCUCCUGUUCCUAUGGGCUCACUAAUUUAUGAGGCUGUAAAGGAGUAAGUGUUCUAGAUAUGUAUGUCUGUUAAUGUAAAGCAGACCUUAGUGUUCCUCUCCCCCUUGCCCUGGCAAUGUCCCCAUUCCCCAACUGGUGGCAUUUUGUGUCCCUCUGACAGGCACCGGUACAACCUGCUCACUUUGCAUCUCAAAGUUGCACACAAGGUGUCUUUUUUUGUUGGGACACUUGAGUUAUCUUGGUGCUGUCUUUUUUACCAGUGGGGUGCAGCUGCUUCUUCAAGUGCAUGAAGGUGGAGGGGAGACACAUGAGAAGUCCUCUGGCUCUUUGUGUUGGUUUAGCUGCCCUUGUGCCAGGAGCUGGUGGUGGCACAAUGCUGAACAACUGAAGCCAUGGAGCCCUCCUCAGCUGCCUGCUCGCAAGGCAGUGGGAUGUUCUUGCCUCCUGCCAGGCAAGCCAAGGCUGGAGAGCCCAUGAACCCCAAGGGUUGCUGUGUGUCAGGGGUGCAGUUCCAGCAGUGAGGACAGACAGGGACAGCCCAGCUUCCAAUACAGCACAAGGUAGGGGCACUUGCCAAAGGCAACUUGUUUCAAUAUGUCUUAAUACUUAAGAGCAUUUAUUAAGCAAAAGGUUGUCUCUGAACAUUUGGACGUAAGAGUGAAGUAGGUUUUUGACUGUAAUAAUUAUUGUCUGCUGGCAAGAAGCAACAGGCUGUUCUCUUGUUGCAUUCCCAGAGAUCAUGUAGUGUGAAUUUUUGUCAUGCAGACUGCAGCCAGCUUAGAUGUGCAUCUGAACCAUGGUGGUGGCUGCAUCCCAGGGCCUGCUGAACACUGUCUAAAUGCAGAGUCCUGUAGAGGUGCAGCCCCCUAGAAUGAUGCCCUGGGAAGUGGGACUGACUGCUUCAGGGAGGGCAGGGAACUCAGCAGGAGGGUUUUUAGCAAAGGCAGCAGGUUUUCUUGCCUGCUGCUCCCACCCCAGAGGUUUUACACAGUUGUUGGUACAUAGGCAUAUG